UACACAUAUCCAGCACACCAAGCAAGGGGAGAUCCAAUAUCUCCUUCAUCUAGAAGGGAGAACCUGAGAGCUCAGAGAGCACCUGAUUCCCUGCUCCCAGGCUGGGAGAGCUAGAGCCCAGCAUGUAUUCUGCAGGCCUGGAGAUACUGGGGAUGACUCUGUCGGUGGUUGGGUGGCUGGGGGUCAUGGUGGCCUGUUUCCUGCCCAUGUGGAAGGUGGCGGCCUUCGUGGGGCAGAACAUCGUGAUUGCCCAGGUGAUCUGGGAGGGCCUGUGGAUGGACUGCGUGGUGCAGAGCACGGGCCAGAUGCACUGCAGGGUGUACGACUCCAUGCUGGGUCUGCCGGAGGACCUGCAGGCGGCCCGCGCUCUCACCAUCGUCUCCAUGCUCCUGUGCGUGGUGGGCAUCGCCCUGUCUGUGGCAGGCGCCAAGUGCACCAACUGCACGGAGGACGUGGCCAGCAAGCCCCGCAUCAUCCUCAGCGCCGGCGUGGUCUUCAUCACCGGCGGCCUCCUGCAGCUGGUGGCGGUCUCCUGGACCGCCAACGUCAUCGUGGCCGACUUCUACAACCCGCUGCUGGGGGACACCCAGAAGAGGGAGUUCGGAAAUUCGCUGUACUUCGGAUGGGGUGCGUCCUCCCUCCUGAUUUUGGGGGGGAUCCUCCUCUGCUGCUCCUGUCCACCCAGGGCUCAGGACUGCGCGGCAACCAGAGCGGAUUACUUAGCCGCCAAGCCAGCAUCCAACGCCAGACACAACCACAAGGACUACAUGUGAGUGCGUUACGGAGGUGUCGACACCCCUUCUUCCCUCCGUUCUGGGGGUUCCAAAGGCUCCCAGAAGCUGAGGAGAGAGCCGCCUCUAAAGCAAAACCCAGCCAUUACCAAAAGCCUUUUCCCUUUUCCCCAAGUAGCCACUAACGCUGGUAUAUGACACAUGUGGGCAGACAGAGCGAAGUCAUGUGAAUUCAAAUGACCAAAUGCGAGCUUCAACAAGUAUGUAUUUUUUUUAGCAAAAAUUUAAAACAAGCUGCAUAUUCAUGUUUACAGUAUACAUGUGCACCACAUGGAAAUGGACAGUAAGAGAACAAGAAAUCACACACAUUUAAGGUAAAGAUUAUAUAUAUUUAUUAGGACAGACAACACAACAACUGGUUUAAGAAUGUUCUCCAAAGAAAGGUAAUUUACAGUUGUAGUCCUAUGUUUUAGAAAGUUCUAGACAUUUUUGAAGUUUAAACACAUGGAAUACAAGAUGCAUAGCAGAUAUUGACAGAAAGAUGGAGAAAAUUUAAAAGAUACAUUUGUUGUACAUUUGUAAGAAGAUUUUUGCAAUGGCUGAAUAUUUAUCCAGGUUUGUAUGCUUCUGAACAUUUAUGAAGGUUAACGUGAUAUUUCAAUAUUGAACAGAGCAUUUAUCUUGAACUUUGCCUCAGUUGAAGGUACUUUUUAAUUUUUUUUAAAGUUUAGUAAACUUUUAAAAAUGUGUUAUUUUGUCAAUAACAAAGAACAACUGUUGAUUGAAUCCAAGGUUUGUGUUAUUGAAUCAGAUAUAUUCUAUCAAUGCUACACUGCAUUAAUUUGGCAUAGUA